AUGCGCGUAAUUCAAGGCCACAACACCCAGCGCACGGCCUCCACAGCCUGCACGGCCGACUGCCCUCUAUUGGUCAUCCCCCCCACAGACUGCUCUCUAUCGGUCAUCUCCCCCACAAACUGCCCUCUAUUGGUCAUUCCCCCGACAGACUGUCCUCUAUUGGUCAUCUCCCCCACAGACCGCUCUCUAUUGGUCAUCUCCCCCACAAACUGCCCUCUAUUGGUCAUUCCCCCGACAGACUGUCCUCUAUUGGUCAUCUCCCCCACAGACAGCCCUCUAUUGGUCAUCCCCCCCACAGACUGCCCUCUAUUGGCCAUCUCCCCCACAGACUGCCCUCUAUUGGCCAUCUCCCCCACAGACUGCCCUCUAUUGGCCAUCUCCCCCACAGACUGCUCUCUAUUGGCCAUCUCCCCCACAGACUGCCCUCUAUUGGCCAUCUCCCCCACAGACUGCCCUCUAUUGGUCAUCUCCCCUACAGACUGCUCUCUAUUGGCCAUCUCCCCCACAGACUGCCCUCUAUUGGCCAUCUCCCCCACAGAUUGCCCUCUAUUGGCCAUCUCCCCCACAGACUGCCCCCGUCCCCCCAGUGCAUGA